GCGGCCAUGGGGAAGGAUUAUUACCGCACGCUGGGGCUGUCCCGGGGGGCUUCCCCCGCCGACAUCCGCCGCGCGUACCGGCGGCAGGCGCUGCGCUGCCACCCCGACAAGGACCGCUCCCCCGGAGCCGAGCAGCGCUUCAAGGAGGUGGCCGAGGCCUACGAUGUGCUCAGCGACCCCAAAAAACGGGAGAUCUUCGACAAGUACGGGGAGGAGGGGCUGAAAGGGGGAGCCCCCACCCCCGGCCCGGGGGGCUCCAACGGCCCCACCUUCACCUACACCUUCCGCGGCGACCCUCACGCCAUGUUCGCCGAGUUCUUCGACGGCCGCAACCCCUUCGACACCUUCUUCGUGCAGCGCAACGGCGACGAUGAGGACGGCGACGAAGCCUUCAACACCUUCCACGUCGGGGGCUUCGGCAGCGUCAGCUUCCCGCGGGGUCGGGGGCCCGAGGGGCGCAGGCAGGACCCCCCCGUGCUGUACGAGCUGCGCGUGUCGCUGGAGGAAAUCUACAGCGGCUGCACCAAGAAGAUGAAGAUCUCCCACAAGCGCCUGGGCCCCGACGGGAAGACGGUGAGGAACGAGGACAAGAUCCUGACCAUCGAGGUGAAGCGCGGAUGGAAGGAAGGAACCAAGAUCACCUUCCCCAAGGAGGGCGACCAGACCCCCAACAACAUCCCGGCCGACGUGGUGUUCGUGCUCAAGGACAAGCCCCACGACGUGUUCCGCCGCGAGGGCUCCGACAUCGUCUACCCGGCCAGGAUCAGCCUCCGUGAGGCUCUGUGUGGCUGCACGGUGACUGUCCCCACCCUGGAUGGCCGCUCCAUCCCCAUGGUUUUCCAGGACGUGCUCAAGCCGGGGGUCAAGCGCCGCGUGCCGGGGGAGGGGCUGCCCUUCCCCCGCUGUCCCGAGCAGCGCGGUGACCUCGUCAUCGAGUUCGAGGUCAAGUUCCCCGACAGGAUCCCCCCGGCUUCCAAAACCCUCCUGGAGCAGAUCCUGCCCCUCUAGGACACCCCAAGAAAUCCCCAAAAU